AUGGCUUUCCUGAAGACGAGGGUGCUGUACGCCUGCCUGCUGCUCGUGGGUGCACUCUGCGUGUACUUCAGCAUGGACACCCUGAUUGCUAUCAAGGAAAUACCCUAUGUUUACAAGAAGGACGAUGGGCGGUUCCUCCAGCUUCCAGAUGUCGACUGUAGACAGAAGCCGCCCUUCCUCGUCCUGCUGGUGACUUCAUCCCACCAGCAGGUGGCGGCCCGCAUGGCCAUCCGGAAGACAUGGGGCAAGGAGAGGACAGUGAGGGGACAGCAGGUGCAGGCAUUCUUCCUCCUAGGGGUCACAGCCAAUAAGGCAGAGAUGACUGCUGUGACCCAGGAGAGCCAGCAGUACCGGGACAUCAUCCAGAAGGACUUCGAGGAUGUCUAUUUCAACUUGACUCUGAAGACCUUGAUGGGCCUGGAGUGGGUCCACCACUUCUGUCCCCAGGCAGCUUAUGUGAUGAAGACCGACUCGGACAUGUUCAUCAACGUGCACUACCUGACCGAGCUCCUGCUCCGGAGGAACCGGACCACGCACUUCUUCACAGGCUACUUGAAAAUGAACGAGUUUCCCAUCAGGCAGAAGUUCAACAAGUGGUUUGUGAGCAAGCUUGAGUACCCGUGGGACAAAUACCCACCCUUCUGCUCCGGCACCGCCUACGUGCUCUCGGCCGAUGUGGCCAGUGAGGUGUACAAUGUCUCUGAGCUUGUGCCCUUCAUCAAGCUGGAGGAUGUGUUUGUGGGGCUCUGUGUGGCCAGGCUCGGAAUCCGGCCUGAGGAGCUGCACUCAGAGCAGACCUUCUUCCCUGGGGGGUUGCGCUUCUCCACCUGCCGCUUCCGGAAGAUCGUGGCCUGCCACUCUGUCAAACCUGCUGACCUGCUCAUCUUCUGGCAAGCCCUGGAGAGCUCCCGGGAAGAAGACUGCUCAUAGGAGGCAUCCAGGGGCGUAGCCAGACCAGCUGCAGAUGACCCGUGGGGAUGACUUCUGGGAGACUGUGAACGGCAUUGCUGAGUCACAAGGGUUGGGAGUCUGGGCAGAGGGAUGCGGGCCUUCUGCCCCCAGCAGCAAGAACCUCCAUUGGGCAGUCCCUAGUGUUUGAAAUGAAAUGCACCUGUGUUUCCUCCCUUUAAGGGCUCAGUGGCCCUUAAUGUCCACAAUUUGGGGACACAGCAGCUAAGAGAAGGACAGGGACACAUCCUGGGCCUUCCAGCCAAACUGAUUCUGGGGCACAGAUGAAAGUGAGGUUGUCAGAAUCUGCACCCCAGUGCAUGUCUCUUGUGUUGCCUCUCCUGGGAACACGGGUGAUGUCAGCGCCUCAAGGUGGGGAGCCGGGCAUUUUUCAAUCCUUUGCAGAAUCCUUGGCUCCCAUUCCUUGCUACCAAUCCUUGCACUUUGCAGUGUUUGAGAAUGGGGUGACUGAGCUCAGCCCCACUCUCGUCGCUUGCUGGGGUGGACAGAGCCAGGCUCAGAGGCUGCCCUUGAGGCCUGGCCCUGGACAUGCCCCAGAAGACAGAGGUACCUGACGUGGCUGCAGCUCACACCCAGUCCCGGAUGGAAAUCGGCUUUCACCGAUUUGUCCGUUGUGCCCACUGUGCAGGCUGACCUUGCUGUCGUCUGCCCCCUCCCCUAUACCCUGGGAGUGUGACGUCACCACUGAGCCAUCAGUGGCUCCUGGGAUCUUGGCCCCAGAUGCCUGUUGUCUUCUGUUGAGGUGCUUUUGUGAGAAUCAGCUGUCUCCAAGUCUCUUGUCAGAUCCCCAACCUUGGGCACCCACGUCCAGGUGAACCCUGACCCAGGAGGGAGCCCAACCUGGCCCAUGCUCAUUCCCAAUGAACUUGUCAUUUGGCCAAGGAACAACAGAGGUUUUGUGGUUUGGAGUUCAACCUUCCGUUUUCUUAUUCCCACAGGGGAUGACAUGAGCCAAUUUUUUGGCUUGCUGUGAACAGAAGGCAAGGGUUUCUGCCCCUGCAGCCACUGCCGUGUGACG